AUGAAGAGGAAUAAGCAGGUCGAUAUCAACAGCACCAUAGCGUUGGCUGGCAGCUUCAACUUCCUGUACUCCUGUGCCAGAGCCUGCAUCUUCCCUUUCCUUACCCUGUACUUUAGACAGUUGGGCCUGACCCCUGAGAUGGCAGGUAUCAUCGUGGGUACAAAGCACCUCAUAUCGCUGGUCUGGACCCCUUUGGCCAGCCUGUUGUCUAAACGUUACAAUAAGAGGAGGGUGGUGAUAAUAGGUUCUCUCCUUUGUUCAGCAGCUGUUGUUUUACUCGUGCUCCUCAUCCCAAACACAGAUGUGAACACACGGACCAGCUACUGUAAUAUGUUUGACCUCAGCAACAGUUCAUCGAAGGAUCUGAGUGACUACCAACCCUUGAGCAGUGUGGGACCUACCAAGCCUACUGUGACUCGAACCCGUGCAAACAUCAGUACAGCUUUUGUCACCCGGUCGUCUGUCAUUCCACCUACAAAGACGCUUAGUGAUACUAAAUCAACACGCAAAGUCUCACUUGACAUGCUAAAGCAGCACCAGGAUCCCAAUGAAAGGUCUCACCCUCAGCUAUCACAGAGACGCACGUCUGUGGUGGUCAGCAGCAGUUUUGUUCAACCCGAGGUCAGCUCCUCCAGUGUGGCUCAGAGUACCUCCCGCCAGUCAUCCCCGGUUAGAAGUAAGAGGUCCCUGGCUAAGUUGGAAGAUGAGCAGCAGGAGCGAGAUUUAGGGGAGGGGAUCACUCGUUUUGAAUUCCUGGGCAGCCUGAAUGUGAUGGAUGUCCAGCACCAGCUCUUUUUCUUAAUGCUCAUCAUAGUAUCGAUAUGGGAGUUUGUGUCUGCCCCGCUGGAGUGGACGGCUGAUGAUGGCCUCUACGAGUAUCUGGAUUUUGUGGAUGCCGCAGACCGCUACAGAAACACAGGGGUGUGGGGAUUACUGGGAGCAGCCUGUGGUGUGGGAGGAGUGGGUUUGCUGGUGAGCCGUUUAAAUUGUCUCAUAGGUGGUCAGACCUCCAGGAGUGCCGUGCAUUUCUACUGCUACGCCGGCUUGACGGUUCUGGCCCUGCCCAUGGUGGCUUUCCUACCUCUCUACUUGAAUAAGAAGCAUGGCAAGGCGAAUGGGCUCGUCAAAGCAGCACAGCUAGUGCUUGGACACACGCGUGCCAUGAUCUGUGCAGCCACCGUCUUCAUGGUAGGGAUCACAAACUCGGCUGUGGACAACUUCCUCCUCUGGGAGAUGCAGGACCACGGCAGUAGUGAGCUGCACAUGGGAGUGUCUCUAGCCUCAGCGCUGCUCUCACAAGCCGCCUUCCCUCUGCUGGCUGUCAGGGUUUCCAAACUCUUCAGCCCAGGGAGGCUUCUAAUAGUAGGGGCUUUAAGUCUUGCACUACAGUGCCUCUAUUUUUCCUUCCUCUGGGGACCUUGGGCUGUACUCCCGGCCCAGCUGUUGAGCUGCUUCAGCAGUGGAGCCCUAUGGUGGGCAGUGCAGAUACAGUGUGAGGAUGUGACCACAUCAGGAGCUGAGAGGAGUGUGAGGAGGAUCUAUCGGACCUUUUCUCUAGACCUGGGAGCAGGCCUUGGGAGCUUGGCUUCAGGGUUUGUGGUUCGGAGGUUUGGGGUGGCCUGGCUCUUCAGGGGAGCUGCGGCGGCUCUGAUAGCGUGGUGUCUAUGCCUGCCGCUGCUCCAACGGAGGGCCCCUCACCAGAGGAGGAUAAACUAUUCUCGUCUCCUGGCAGCUGAUGCCAGUGAGGCAAGUGACUCAGAAUCGGAGCAGGAGAGAGACUGGCUGAAUAAAGCCAUGAAUGAUGAUGAUGAGAGCAAUAACAAGUAUGGGAAACGAUAA